AUGGGAUUUUGGAAGUUCCCCUGCUUCCUGGUCCUCAGCAUCCUGGUCUUGUACCAGGCAGGCAUGCUCCACUCAGCGCCAUUCAGGUUGGCUUUUGAUAGUCGUUUUGAUCCUGCUACACUCAAUGAGGAGGAAUUGCGCCUCCUACUGGCUGCAAUGGUGAAUGACUAUGAGCAGAUGAGGGCCCGUGAGCUGGAGAAGGAGCAGAAGACAGAGGGCUCCAGCAUCACUGUCCAGAAGAGAGCCUGCAACACUGCAACCUGCAUGACCCAUCGGCUGGCAGGCUUGCUGAGCAGAUCUGGGAGCAUGGUGAAGAGCAACAUGUUGCCCACCAAGAUGGGCUUCAAAAUCUUUGGUGGGCGUCGCAGAAACUUUUGGAUCUGA